AAGCGUCGUACGGAUUCAGACUUCAGCGCAGCGCUACCGCCAGUAGAGAACCGACCUCCAGAAGAGAGAUGAAGAAUCUACACGCCUUUUUGUUCCUCUCCGUCCUGACGUUGGUGGUGGUCUGGACGUCGGCUGAGAUUCUACCCUACCAGCAGAGCGUAGACGACAUGGACAGAGCACAGCUAGACGAUGAGAUCUCCCCGCCGUACGAAGAUCUCGCCGACGCGAAGGAGGCCGCCGCCUACUGGAUCCUGCGCAAGGCCCUCCUGGAGAACCCUCCUGGAAAACCCGCGCAUGCGCGGAACGUCAUGGACACUGACGAGGAAAGUCGCGAGUCACUGAGGACGACCGUCGUGCAACGCCUGGCUAAAAGGUGGAAAGUAAAAUGUAAUAACGCCUACUGGAAGUUCUGCAAGGGUUGAUUCGUUCCCGGCAUCCUCUUUGUCGUCCCGGUGACGUCAGACAAGGAGCCAAUAGCAGCACAGACCAGAGGGGCCAUAGCAGCAACACGUGAUCGUCACAUGAUCAGCGCGUGAUCGCGGAUACAUUUUGCAUAUUUUGAAGAAGAAAAAAAUGAAUAGAAAUUCUUUCAUUGAAAUGACGGAGUGAAUUUAAGUACAGCCUGUUCAAAGUACAACAAUUAGCUCAACAAACAAUCAACUGUAUCAUAUUCUAUCACGAGGGCGAAAGUAAAACACGCAUUUCUUUUAGAUACUUACGUGAAAAACAUUAUCUAUCCACAGGGUAUUACGGACCUAUACAUUAUAGUAUUAUAUAUUAGACGAGAAGAUGUGAAAAUCUUCAACUUGUGCAUAUCUUUUAGGUUAUUGGCCUUUGCUAAGCGGUUAUUUUUGCACUGCAUGCUUUAAGUAGAGGAAGUUUCAUGUUACAAAAUACGGAAUAAAGAAGGCUACAGUGAGCACUGACCAAA